UCUAUUUCGGGUUCGGUAGCAGUUUCGAUUUCUAGCCAACAGCUAGAUCCGUAUAUUUCAUUGACAAUGUUGCGAUUGGCCAGUUCCACAUAUAGUUCCAUAUGUUUAAUCGUCUUUUUGAAUUUUUUGUGGUUGCUACUGCUGACGACGACGUCCGCCAAGCCAACCAAUUCACCUGAUUCUAAACCUCAAAAUGGAAUGCAACAUGUUACCAGCUUUGUAAACCAAAAGCCAAAGUCGGGAGUUCGUGAGGAAUUUAAUUUCGAACAGAAUGAAGCAGAGGCCACAAACUCGGCGCAUUUGCAGCAACUCUUUGGCAGCUUGUUACAACUACCGGGAACGGGAAAUAUGAGCCUGGAGCUAUCCUUGGAAACGGAUGACGAUCCAGUCAGUGAACGCAAUAAGCUUGAUGAUGAGAUGGAGAGCACUGGAGAGCAGCAUGAGGGCUUCACUGAAUCAUCGGACGAGUGGCAUCGUGUUAAGUUGGCUAUUCCUGUUCUGGAGCCGGUCAAGCAUCUAAUUAAUGCGGUGGGCGGUGGUGGGGUGAACGACUCCCAUGUUAAAAGUAAUACCCACCGGUUAAUUGGACACCAUGGGGUUCAUGAAACGCAUCAUCCUGCCGGGAAUAUUAGCUCUCCGGCAAUCGAAACGGAAGAGGAUCGUGAGACAGCCAUUGAUAGUACAGGCUUCGAUGUCCUGGAGACGUUGGGAACUGCGGGCACAGUACUCAUUAGCAUCCUGCAAAAUAUCCGGAAGGUAUUUGCCGCUAGCGCCGGGAAUGCCAGUUCCGCUUCAUCGGGUGGAGGUGGCGGCGGCGGUGGAUCUAAUUAGUUGACUUCCCUUUUAGUUUGUGGUCUGUGAUUAAUAUUCGCUAUAUUUAAAUUGGUCUUCUGUCACUUUUGAUCCUUACUAAUUUAAUAAACGAAAAUUUCGAAUGUAA